AUGAGUGAAAGGAGAAGAUCUGCAGUCGCCCUGAGCUCUCGAGCACAUGCCUUCUCCGUUGAAGCCUUGAUCGGCUCAAAUAAAAAGCGGAAACUGCGAGACUGGGAGGAGAAGGGGUUGGACCUGUCCAUGGAGGCGCUGAGCCCCGCGGGCCCCCUCGGAGACGCGGAGGACGCGGCCGCGCACGGCCUGGAGCCUCACCCGGAUUCCGAGCAAAGCACUGGUUCAGACUCUGAGGUGCUCACUGAGCGGACUUCCUGCUCCUUUGACACUCACACUGACCUGGGCCCUGGGGCUGCGGGCCCUGUGCCUGCUGCCAUGUCUUCCAUGGAAGAGAUUCAGGUGGAGCUACAAUGUGCUGACCUAUGGAAGAGGUUCCAUGACAUUGGAACCGAGAUGAUCAUCACCAAAGCAGGCAGGAGGAUGUUUCCUGCCAUGAGAGUAAAAAUCACUGGCCUGGACCCACACCAGCAGUACUACAUAGCAAUGGACAUUGUACCUGUGGACAAUAAAAGAUACAGAUAUGUGUACCACAGCUCCAAGUGGAUGGUGGCUGGCAAUGCGGACUCCCCUGUGCCCCCAAGAGUUUAUAUACACCCUGAUUCUCUAGCUUCUGGAGACACUUGGAUGAGACAGGUGGUCAGUUUCGACAAACUCAAGCUGACCAACAAUGAAUUGGAUGAUCAAGGACAUAUCAUUCUGCACUCUAUGCACAAAUACCAGCCCCGAGUUCACGUGAUCCGCAAGGAUUUCAGCAGUGACCUGUCACCCACCAAACCUGUCCCUGUUGGGGAUGGAGUGAAGACAUUCAACUUUCCUGAGACCGUAUUCACCACGGUCACAGCCUACCAGAACCAGCAGAUCACCAGAUUAAAAAUUGAUCGAAACCCUUUUGCUAAAGGAUUCAGAGAUUCUGGAAGAAACAGAACUGGACUGGAAGCCAUCAUGGAGACUUACGCGUUCUGGAGACCCCCUGUGCGUACACUCACCUUUGAGGAUUUCACCACCAUGCAAAAGCAGCAAGGGGGCAGCACAGGCACUUCCCCCACCACCUCCAGCACUGGGACACCGUCCCCUUCAGCCUCGUCUCACCUUUUAUCUCCAUCCUGUUCUCCUCCGACAUUUCACCUGGCCCCCAACACUUUCAACGUGGGCUGUCGAGAGAGCCAGCUGUGCAAUCUCAACCUCUCCGAUUACCCACCGUGCGCCCGCAGCAACAUGGCAGCCUUGCAGAGCUACCCGGGGCUGAGUGACAGUGGCUACAACAGGCUCCAGAGUGGCACCGCUUCAGCCACCCAGCCCUCGGAAACCUUCAUGCCUCAGAGGACUCCAUCCCUGAUCUCAGGAAUACCGACUCCUCCCUCGUUGCCUAGCAACAGCAAGAUGGAAGCCUACGGUGGCCAGCUGGGGUCCUUCCCCACUUCCCAGUUCCAGUACGUCAUGCAGGCUGGCAAUGCCGCCUCUAGCUCCUCGUCACCACACAUGUUUGGGGGCAGCCACAUGCAGCAGAGCUCCUAUAACGCCUUCUCGCUCCACAACCCUUACAAUCUGUAUGGAUACAAUUUCCCCACUUCUCCCAGGCUAGCCGCCAGCCCGGAAAAACUGAGCGCCUCUCAAAGCACUUUACUCUGUUCUUCUCCUUCCAACGGGGCCUUUGGUGAGAGGCAGUACCUGCCCACGGGGAUGGAGCACGGCAUGCACAUGAUCAGCCCUUCGCCCAACAACCAGCAGGCGACCAACCCCUGUGACGGCCGGCAGUACGGGGCGGUGCCAGGCUCCUCCUCCCAGAUGUCCGUGCACAUGGUGUAA